CUCGAGCACACUACACGAAAAAAAGUUGAUGACGACAUUUUUAUGCGCCGGAUAUGUUGACCUCAUCAGAAGCCCCAAAUGCUGAUGUGUUACAAGAAAUCAGACCGCAGGGAGACCAUACUUCUAUAAGGGAGAGUUUUGAGUUUCUUCUUUGAUGCAGUAAUAAUAUAGCUAGUACCGGGGAGAAUCGGCGGUGGGUCACAGGUCGAUGUCAAAGAAGGCGCAGUGGAAGAGAUCAACAGCAGCGGCUCAGAGAGCGAAUGGCGCCCAAAGGGAAAGUUGGCACAAAGGGGAAGAAGCAGAUCUAUGAGGAGAACGAGGCAACGCUGAAGUUCUACACCAGAGUCAUCCUAGGAGCUAACGCAAUAUAUACUGCCGUAAAUCUUGUGGUUUUCUACAGUUCGUCUACAUUUUGGACAUGGCUGCUGCUUGUGUUCGCAUUAGCAGUGUAUGUCGGGAGCUACCGCUCCAUGUCUGCCAUGGCCAAGGCGGUGUUUGCUGAGGAUGGGAGUCUCCUGGACGGAGGAAUAGACUUAAACAUGGAGCAGGGAAUGGCGGAGCACCUGAAGGAUGUUAUUCUGCUCACAGCCAUAGUUCAAGUGCUCAGCACAAUCUCCUCUUAUUUCUGGUAUCUUUGGCUGCUGGCCCCGGCCCGAGCCAUCCACCUGCUGUGGGUGAACUUCCUGGGCCCCUGGUUUAUGGCAGAAAGCCCGUUGGCAUCAGAGGAAGUGAAUGAGAAGAAGCAGAAAAAACAAGAGCGCAGACAGACAAAGAGAUUCUGAUGCUGCAGGGCAGACGGAGCAGUAUUUUUAUACACAGAAUCUAAUAUACAGAUAGCGAGGAACUCAUAAGUUAUUCAGUAAUUCAGAAAGAAAUGUUGUUAUUAAGCUAAACUCAAUCCAAAUCUGAUAGCGUGGAAUCUCCAUGUUUGUUUUCCUUCUGCUUUCUCCUGUAAUCUGAUUUUCUCCCUAAUUUAUGAAAUGAAAUGUUCCCUAUUUAGAUAAUGUCACGGUCCAGAUCUCAUUAAUCCUCAUACAGAGCUUUAAGAGUUUUUGGUGUUGCACAAUCCUGUCACACUGCCCCCUGCAGAUUUACAUCAAAUGUUCCACGCGAUAUAGUGACUAAAAUGAGUCACUUGUCCAUGCCACGUUUCUCAUGGCAUGUCUUUUAUCUUUACUUUUACUUUAUUUUUCAAAAAAUGUCUCUAAUGUGACAGAAUUCAUCAGUGAUCCUUCAUGACACAGCUGUUUCUGUUCUGUUCAAGUUUUAAUAGGAAAAUAACUUUUUUGCAAUAAAAAUAUAUCUCACUCCAGUAUGUGGGGAUGAUCAUAUGUGUUUCAA